AUUCGAAUUAUCUCUGUAAUUUUUCUAUCAAAACACCAUGCUCUAAGAAUGAUAAUUUUUCUUCGAUUUUCUAGAUUGUCACUAUUCAACAGCAAGCUAAAACCAUUGAACCGAUGUUCUGCUAAGAAUAUUAUUGCAGAAUUAUCAUCUUACACACCGCUAUUACCCAAAUCAAGGAAAGGUGGUAUUAAUGAGCCAAAAUACUUUGUGGAUUACAAAGAAGUUGAAGUUCAUGGCGGUGAUGGAGGAGAUGGGUGCAUGUCAUUCGCCAAAAUUCCAAGGAAAGAAUUUGCAGGACCUGAUGGAGGAGAUGGUGGGAAUGGGGGACAUGUAAUUUUUAUUGCAUCCAAUAAAAAGAAGUCAUUGAAUCAUUUGACUUCACCAGUUCGAGGUGACAAAGGAGUUGAUGGAAAAUCACAGAAUUGUCAUGGAGCUGCAAGGGACCACACUUAUAUACAGGUUCCCAUGGGAACUGUAAUCAGUUCAGUGAAUGGUCAAGAACUUGCAAAUCUGGAGAGUGAUGGAGACUAUCAUAUAGCAGGGAGAGGUGGAGCUGGAGGGAAGGGCAAUCAAUUCUUCUUGUCCAAUGAAAACAGAGCACCUGCUGUGGCUGAGAAAGGUGGGAAGGGGGAACAUCAGCGCCUUAGAGUUGAGCUGCGAACAAUGGCCAACAUCGGACUUAUAGGAUUUCCAAAUGCAGGGAAAUCUACACUUCUAAGGGCCAUUACUAGAGCCAAACCGAAAGUAGCCGCUUAUCCUUUCACAACACGAAACCCCUUUGUUGGUAUUAUGGAGUAUUCUGACCAUGAGCAAAUCACUGUGGCAGACAUCCCGGGACUGAUCAGGGGAGCUCACCAGAACUUGGGUCUAGGUUUUUCCUUCCUUCAACACAUACAGAGAUGUACGUGUCUUCUGUAUGUCAUAGAUCUCUCGUACACGGAACCCUGGACGCAGUAUAAAGCUCUACAGUACGAACUGGAACAGUAUCAGAAGGGUCUCUCCAUGCGCCCUAAUUUAAUUGUGGCCAACAAGGUGGAUCUAAGUGUGGCAGAGAAGAAUCUGGAGGUGCUGAAAGACCACGUAGACUUACCUGUGCUUGCUAUUUCUGCAGACAAAGGGAAAGGACUUGAAGCAUUGAUGAUGCAGAUCAGAGAACUCUAUGAGAAACAUAAAUCUGAGAAUCAAAUGAAUAAAUGAUGAAAAAUUCUGAUGUACCUGGGUAUGUGUUGUAUCAUCUUUUAUCAAAAAUUUACAUUUCGAUCAUGUUUUCUUUAAAAAAAAAUUAAAAAUCUAGAAACAAUCA